ACUUGCAAUUACGUUGGCAAAACGAAAACACACAAAAAAAAAAAAAAAAAGGAAAAAGGUCUGAUUUUUUUUUUUCGAUUUCCAUUUCUGUCCCAAGAGGAAGCUUCGGAAAUCGAAACGAACUGUUUGUUAUUCCCUAUUCGUACCCAAAGCAUAUUCCUCUCUCUCUCUCUCUCCUCUCUCCGUCUCUCUCCCCUCUCCUCCACAUUUGCAAAAUAGAAUCGAGAAAAAGCCCUAAUUUCCCAAUGCGGAAGGCCUGAUAAUCGAUUUGCAAGACCUCGAUCUCGCUCUUCAAUUUUUCUUAUUGUAAUUGCAGGUGCAUUAUAUCGCCUUUGGACCAAAUAUCGCCACGUAUCUCAAGGGACCUGCCUUGGGAUACUUAAUUGGACAAGAAAUGAGGAAUAAUUGGUUGUGGUUCAUGGAUCUUGAUGGAGAGUCGCCGUAUACCUUUCCUGUAGAUCCUCUUGCUUUGCAUAGUUUUGGGGAUCAUGUAAUUUCGCAGAUCGCUUUGCUUAUGGACGAUUCUUUUCAACAAUUUAAACACUUGUCUGUUCCCGGGACUUUAGCUAUGGAAGGACCAUUUAACCACAUUACAAAGCUUGCCGGCGCUUUGCUUUUUGUGUUCUCCGGUAGGUCCAGUUUAAAUAUGACGAGGGAGAUCGGGGGCAACCCACAUGGUUCAAAACCCAAAAGAUGUCGAUAUUUUUCACAAGUUAACCAUAUUACUUCCAGUAGGAAACACUUUAAGAAAUUCUGCUUUGGUUUUAGAUCGAAUGGUGAAUCCGGUAUGCCGGUACUAUUUGGUAAGAUAUCAAGUUUUCUUUCGAAACUCCUUCACAGAGAAGCUGAGAGGUUACAAUCAUAUUCCGUUCUUUCACUCGCAGCUGCUCUUAUACCACCUUUAGACAACAUAUCUUCGAAGGUACUAGGUGGUUCGUUGGACAAUACUGAUGUAAUGGUUCAAAGGCCUUGUGAGGUUUCACGUCCAGGAUAUGCUGGUCUAUAUUUUCCUGAAUUGAACUGGAAAAGACACGCAGUUGAGCCAAGAACUGGCAUUGAGUUCCCUAUGAUUUUGGACAACAUCUUAGCUAGAGAGAACAACUCCAAUUUAUGUUCAGAGCUGCUAGUUGGAACUGGAUCCAGGACAAUGACAAUAAUUUAUUUGAAGUCUUUGAAGGUCUAUGCUUUUGGUUUUUAUGUUCACCCUUCCUCUGUUUGCGAGAAAUUGGGUCCAAAGUAUGCUUCCUUUUCUUUUGAUGAACUAAACAAACGCCAGUAUUUUUAUGAGGAUCUUCUCAGGCAAGAUAUCAAUAUGACUGUUAGGCUUGUGGUUAGUUGCAAUGGAAUGAAGAUCAAUACUGUCAAAGAUGCUUUUGAGAAAUCCCUUCGAGCCCGAUUACUGAAGGCAAAUCCUGAGACUGAUUUUCAUUGCAUAAGAACAUUUGGUUCAUGCUUUACACAAGAUAUUCCUUUGCCUGCGGGCACAACAAUUGAUUUUCGACGAACAGCUGACGGACAAUUGAUUACUGAAAUUGAAGGUAAUCAGAUUGGAGCAGUACGGAGCAAGGAUUUAUGUAGGGCUUUUUUCAGCAUGUAUAUUGGAGACACACCUGUGUCAGAGCAAACAAAAGAAGAAAUAGGAAGAAAUGUGGCUAAUAUAAUUAGAAGGUGCUGAGAAAGUUCAUGUCUGGUCUCCAUUGCCUGACUAUUCAAAUGGGCUAGUGGUUGCUGCUACUUCAUUGUGCGGCAAGAACUUCCAAAGUGGCUGGUAAUAGUAUAUAAUAGAUAUCAAUGAGUCAGAAGCAGAAAUGGGCAUUUAGUGAAGGGCUUGGCCACAGGUUAUAAAGAUAGUCUCAAUUCUUUCUAGUUGAAUUAGCAUUAGAUAUAUCAUUGUAAUUCUUUACUCAAUGCCAAUUUAAAGAAGAAGAAAAUCAUCAUAAGUGACAUAAACUUAUAUUUUAAGUGACACCCAAAAAAAAAAUAAAAAAAUAAAAAAAAAACACAGGCAAAACUACGAAGAGAAACUUCUGCUUUUUUCUUUUGAAUAGCAAUUUUUGCAUAAGCUUGGACUAAAUGUAAGAGAGUCCCAAUCUACCGUUUUUACGGAAAUUGAUGUAAAAUACAGAAAUUUAUCCCAAUAAACUAAAUUUUUACUGCAUUUAAAAGUAAACUAAAAAACUACUAUAA